CUAGGAAAAAGCAGGGAAACUAAGGAAAACUAAGAACUACCGGCAAUCUGUAUACCAUCAAAAUCUAUGCCUCAAGUUAAACUCAAAAACUAUUUUUUUACAACGAGGUUACAAAAACCUUAUGACAAAUAUAAGAACACAUCUAACAAUUUUCUCUUCCUUAUUUAAAAUUUUGAGUUAAUAAGGACCAAACUCAUUAUGUUCCCUUUUUAUGAUAUGAUUUCCCUAUAGAGAGAGAGAAAAUAACCCAACUUACUGCAUCUCUAUUGACCACAAACACUUACAGCACAUAAAAUUUAUAUCAAAGUGGUAUUUCUUUUUAUGACACUUGUAAACAGAAGAUUUCUUGGGCAGAAAUACUGAUACUUGAUCAAUGCAAAUGCUGUGCCAUCAUCCAUGUUGUUUUAGGGAUUAGGUUUGUUAGCUAACAAGCAGAAAGAAGGACUCUACCAUACCGGCUCAGACUACACCAGGCAAGAAAUGGUCUUGAACAUAUAUAUAUCUUAUAUCUAGUUUCGUAGUAAUUGAUGUAAAUAACUUCCAACGGAAAUUUAACUUUCAGAUUACAAUUGGUAUAUACUUAGGACCUCAAUGCAAUUAAUUACCUUAAUGAGAAAACAGAUUUGUUCGUUUUUAAGAAACAUAACAACAUAAAUCGGAUUUUAAUUAAACAUACUGCCUUUUUCACAAAAAUGUUUCACAGUCCUGGUUACCACAGUGAUUUAUCACUGAAACUGUCUGAGGUAUUUGAUGACAUAGGGAUGAAUGAAACAAUGGUAAUGAAGAGCAGACAGGCUAUACUUCUGAAUGAAGCUAUGAAAUCAAUUACAUAUAAAAGUGUAGAUAAGCAGUCAAUGUUCUGUUUUGGAAGCCAGUCUGAAGGGACAACAACUAUGGACCUUAACUCUGACACAGACUCUUUACUUUGCAAUCAUGACAUUAAUGUUAUACAGGACUAUUCCGAGUGGCAACCUGGCUUAACAAAUCUACUGAUGAUCCAAAAUGAUUCUACAUCACCUGGGUACUGUCAACUACAACUGACUAGGCCUGAUUUACCACUACCAGUUACAAAGGCUCUAAACAAAUACCAUGCUAAAGUAAAUAGAGAUACUGUGAUACUGAAAAACACUAUAAUAAGAUCUACUUACACUGAAGGACAUGGUCCAGCUUGGGUUAUGCGAGGCAGAGAUGAUGAAAGAGAUAUGGAUAUAGUUCAAGCCUUUCAUUGCAAAUCUUGGCCGAGAGAAGCAAGGCCAUGGUUACAGAGAGGAGCUGGAAAUUACUGGCCAACACCAGAAAUUAAGAAAUUUGCAGAGAGGAGUGGAUGUUUUGUUGUUCCAGUAGGAAGUAAAUUCAGCCAAAAUGAGACCCUGGAAUGGAGAAUUUCUACUUCUUUAGCUGAACGAAGUUUGAUGUUUAGUUUAAAUAUCACACAAAUAAGAUGCUACAUAUUAAUGAAGAUGAUCCUUAAAACUUAUCUAACUUCUCAAGGUGAAGGUCAUCUUUCAAGCUUCAUGUGCAAAACAGUACUCAUGUAUUGUGUAGAAAACACACACCCAAAUGAAUGGAAGGAAGACAAUUUAUGGAAAUGUCUGCUACUUUGUUUACAAAGACUACACAGAAAUUUAACAGAAAGAAACUGUCCACAUUUUAUCAUCCCUGGAAACAAUCUGAUGGCAGGAAAUAUUUCAUUACAAGUCAAACAUAAAUUACAAGACACUCUAUGUCACAUCAUGCAAAGUAACGGCUCUGUAUUGUUUGGAAUUAAGAUAGAUGAUCUUGGUCAACGACUUCAGAUAAAGUUGAAUGUGUUAAGUCAUCCAGUACCGAGUUUAUAUGCUCAUGAACCAUUAUCUCUUAUAUCAUUAGCUAAUGUAUUUGACACAACAAGGACAGUCUGUGUACUGCAUAGAUACCUUUUACAACAAAUACCAAACGCCAUGUCAAAAGUACUACAACAAAGUUUACUUCAAUACAUUCGUAAUUAUACAACAAUCUACAGAGAAGGCAGUGUAUUAGAGCAAACAGCAAGCAGCCUUUUGGUAUUGCCAAUCUGUUCUACAUUGGGAACAGUUAUAGCAUCUAUAAAUCUCCAGAAAAACAACAUUGGUUUACCAUCUGAAGCAGCUGACUGGUUACAUGCUGGUUUAAAUUCAGAUGUUUCGUCUGGCAGACUGAAACAAGCAUCUGUAUUUUACUGUCUAGGAGAUAUGGUUAGAACAGAUGCCAUUCUACAAGAAAUCACAAGAAGGUAUACCAGGAAUGCUGUUGAACCAGCUUGUGGCUGCCACAAUUUCCCUAGAAUAGGAAGGAAAAUAGAGUUUGCUGAAGAUGCACAUUUCAAGAAUAUAGUAUGUGUUGUAAGAGAAAAUGUAUCAUUUUGUGUCAAGUUUACACGUGCUGAAAUCAACUGUACUCCUCAUGAACUUCAGUAUGAAAUGUUCAGGUCAACAAAAAUGGAUAUGUUACAUAGAGACACGAGUGAAGUCCACUGGAUGGACUGGGCAACAGUGGAUUCUCUCCCUUUUUUACAUUUCCUACAAUACAAAACCUAUGGCCAACUUCAGAGACGUUCUGAUCAACAAAGAGCUCUUAAUGACCUCAUUGUAACCAUAGAAACUGAAACCAACCUUCGUCAUCGAGAAACAGCACUGAACAUAUUGGGGCAGUGUUUUGAAAAGGAAAACAGAAACCAAGACGCCUUGAAUAGUUACGUAAGAUCUCUCAACGUCAAACAGAAAAAUAAUGCAGCCGGUCUACAUAUAUGUAGACUGUUAGCAAAGAUUGUAAACAAUGCACGUGACUAAGUCACUAACUCUGAACCAUUAUAAGCUUUGAUAAAGAAUUACACUUUCAGGUUAACCUAAUUCAUUUGGCAAGAAUGGUUUGACCCAUUUUACAGACUGCUUUUUUACACACUGUCAAACCGUUAGAAAAAGACAUUGUGCAAAUAAAAAAUAUCUUGAUAUCUCUUUGUCAAGUCUAAUUAGUUGGACUAUUUUUAGACAAGCUGCCCUAUUGUACAGUCUGAUAAGACAUUUGUGUCACUCUCUUAAGUGUUUCUGUAUUAAAAUCCUUAUAUCAACAACCAAUAGCUUGGCAGGUGUUUUAUUAGACUGAAAUGUCCUAGUUACCCCAGUUUUAGAUAAGAAUAUAUUGAAGACAUAAACAGCAAACAAGGAAGAGUGAGAUAGAUGGACAAACAUCCAUCCACACUUGGCUGAAAGUGUUGCAUUAACAUAAGAACAACUUAAAUUUAAAGGGGAAAAAACAUAAUAAAUGUCAAUGUAACAUGAAUCAGAUUAUCAGUUUGAUUUCAAUAUUUACUUGAUUAUUCAAUUAAUGGACAAGAUAAUUUUACCAUUGCAUUCCUUAAAAUAUGACGCAGUUAAUCAUUAACUGUGUUAAUGACGCUAAGUUUGUUUUUUUCCGGGUUACAGUCAGUUACUAUUGAAAUUACAAUAUGUCUGACUUAACUUAAGCGGUCAAGCUAAGUGGUUCAUAGAGCUUCAGCAAGUAAUUAUUGUAAAUACAAUGUGUCUGACUAAACUUAAGCG